AUGCACCACCUCCUCAUGGGCAAGGAAACAAGGCAAACACGGGCACAAAUGUCUACAGCAAUCAAGAGCUUUGAAAACCAAGUUGGACAAAUUGCAGCCUCCUUGAGUCAAAAAGAGCCAAGAAAGUUUCCAAGCCAAGUCAUUCCAAAUCCUAAUGGAGGCCAUGAAACAGCAAAGGCGAUUACUCUUUGA